AUGGCCCAAGAUACUCUACAAACCCUCCAGCGCAUAGUCUGGGAAGCGCGCAUGCCGUUGGAGAUCAGGCUGGCCGCUUCGGAGUGUCGCUCCUUCGAUGAAGCUGAUCCCUAUCUGAUUGCUUAUCCACGCCUAUCCUAUCUUCCAUUGCUGCUCCCAAGGCUCCAUGCCUUCUUCUCAGCCGCGCUGAUUGCGGAUGCGGACACGGUGUCUCCCUACGCCGGCUAUUUCACCUACGACGAUGUUCCCUUAAAGUGGCAUCUGCCUGUGGGGCUGCUCUACGACAUCUAUGUCUUGUCGACGCGGGAUACCGGCACGGACAACGCGUCUCCAAGCUCGUUGCCGUUCAAAUUGACGUUGCAUUUCGCGCUCGAUCCGCAAAAGCCAGCGAUGCCUGCAACGCCUGUCGUCUUGCAUGACUCCUUCAUCAACUCGGUCAAGGAGGCAGACUUUUUGAGGUCGGGGACGGCGAAACCUAUCAUGACGCUGGGCGCACAGGAAAGCAAGGCUCUCUGGACCUCGACCCAGGACAAUGACCUGUCGACGUUCGCCAAAAUCCAUACCAGUCUCAUGCCGUCUCCGGGGCAGCUGAGGAACAUCCCUCUGCGGGUUUAUCUGCCUUCCCCGCCCGACCAGGAUCCGAGUAAAGCCCAGAUCAAAGUGUUACAGUCGCGCAUCCCUCCUACAGUGGCUAGUGCUGGGCAGAGUACGCCAGCUGCUUUACGUGGUGGUGGUGGACAGGCACAGACACUGGGGACAGCCUUGCAUCAGCUGAUCCCUAGUCUCUUUCCGUCUCGGAGGACUCCGAUUCUUGCCACGCCUUUGUUGCAUGGAGCGCCGGUACCCAUGAAUGCGCAUUUGGAGGAACUGCUUCGAUGGGGGUGUUAUGCGGAUGGGUGGCUGUCGGUGGUGGUGGCCAUGCGUGGAUAG